AAAAAACUUAAAUUUGAAUUAAUAACGUAUUUUUGGAAAAUAUUGAAUAAAAUAAAUUAAAAACCAAAACGUGGUAGUUUUUAAUAAAAUUAUGGGCGAAAAAAGUUGCAGUCCGUCGGAAGACCCUUGCCUUGUAAUGAGUUUAAAAGGCCAUAAAAAAAGCGUUACAGAUAUUGCUUUCAAUCCAGACUCAUCUCAAUUUGUUAGCAGUAGUGAAGAUCAAACAUUAAUGAUAUGGAAUGCUAAUAAUAAUAUCAGAAGCUACAAUUUUUCGGGACAUACAGACAUUGUGACUAGUGUUGAUUUCUCAAAUGAUGGUAAACUUUUAGCAUCAAGUUCAAAAGACCAAACUGUAAGAUUUUGGGUUCCUUCAGUUAAAGGAGGAACUUCAGCAUUUAAAGCUCAUUCGUCGAGUGUAAAUUGUGUAAAAUAUUCUACAGACAAUUCAAAAAUUAUCACAGCUUCGAAUGAUAAAUCUAUAAAAAGUUGGGAUGUAUCGAAAAAACAAUUCUUGUCUAGUUUGUUAGGACAUACUAAUUGGGUGCAUUGCGCUCAAUAUUCAUCAGAUGGAAACUAUAUUGCUUCAGCUGCCGAAGACCACACGGUUAGAGUUUGGGAUGUAAAAACGAGCCAGUGUGAACAUAAAUUCUCAACCCCUAACAGUAGUCCAACUUAUGUAAGUAUUCAUACAAACAAUAACACAAUUGCUGUUGCAAUGAACUCUGGUUCUGUUAGAGUAUAUGACAUUAGAAAUAAAAAAUUACAACAACAUUAUAAGUUACAUAGUGGUGCAUCAAUGUGCGUUUGUUGGCAUCCAACAGCAAACUAUUUAUUAAGUUGUGGACAAGACGGAAAGAUUAGGAUUGUUGAUAUAAUGGAAGGCAGACCAUUGUAUACAUUAAAUGGACACAAUUCUGCAGUACAAACGUGUAAAUUUAGUAAGAAUGGAAAAUUCUUUGUAUCUGGGGGCGAAGAUCAGUUUAUAAUGGUGUGGAAGACUAACUUUAUAGAAUAAAAUAUUAAUAUAUUAGUGUUUAGUGUAUAAUGCAAAAAGGCAUAAUUUAAUUAAUGUUAACGUUUUUUAAAUACAGAGGUAAUUAUUUGAUAGAAUGUAUUUCACGAGAGAAGAACCUACCUGAAGUUGCAGUCAUAUGCGUGAACGUGUCGUCAUAACCAGCGCCAUAUUAUAAAUUUGAUGCUUGACUUCAAAUUAGUAGCGUAAACAUUUCAAAUAUAAAUAUGAAAAUGGUGUUGUCAUUUUCACCAGUUUUAAUGCAAGAAAUAAAAAAAAAUGCAAUGUGCAAAUCCCUUAUAGACUUAUAUUUAAUAUAGAAAGGAAUGAUAUUUUUUAUGGGUUUUUAUGGCAUAAAUCAUGCAAAUGGUCAAUAAAUAUUGAAUUAGUGGGUGGAAAUAAAUCGAAUUAUUUAAUUUUUUUUAGGAAAAAAUUAUAAGAAAAAAAGAAUUAAAUAGCUAAAGAUCUAUUUUUUUACUUUUUUGUGUACAAUUGCUAUCUGAGCAAAACAAAAUUUAUGUAGUAAAUAUAUUUUUUUUGUAAAUAAAUAUAAAAAAGAAUUUAAUAUGCAAAAAUUCAUUUUUGUUUUCACUUUUUUGCUUAUAUCUAAUUGUUUUCUGAGUAGAGGUAGGUGCAGGCAUUGCUUCAUACAACAAAAAGUAUAUUAAAUUUCCUUUAAAAUCUUGGGUUAUAAUAUAAACGUUUUUUGGAUAAAAAUGGACUAGCCAAAAUAUUGACCUCUCAGGACAUAAUAGCCUAUUACUUCAAGCCCUAAAUAUUUCGUUUAAGUAAUAAAAAAGGUAAAAAAACACAAAAUAGAAACAUAAAAUUGUUAAUUUUAAUUUAGGAAUGCUUGAAAAAUAUUGGUAACAUAUUAAUUAUUAACUGGUUUUUUAAAUAUUGAAAAGCAGGAAAAAAUAUGUACAUUUUUAAAACAUUUCACAUCUAAAAACUUUAACUAAAUUCGCAGCAUACAAUAGUAGUUAAUCAAACGACAGGUGUAAGAACAAUGAAUACAAAAUAGCUUAGGGAUAAUAAAUGUUUGUUGUAUUUCUUAUUCAAUUGACUGCUAGUUAUUGGAAAAGUAUAUUAUGAAAAAAUUUAAGAUUUUUUGUUAAUUGACUUUAGUGAUAUAUCGAUUUUAAAAUCAUCAAUUUGAACCAUAUCACAAAAUUUGAAAUAUGUUUGCCUAGAAUCUAGGUAGGUAUGCUGGAAAAAAAUAUUUCUUGUAUGCCUGUAUUAUUAAUCGCUUUCAGAGUCAUUAAGCAUUUCUAAAAUACUCCUACUGCUGUCACUGCUGCAAUCAUCCUCUGAAGGAGAUUCAUCAGACAAUCCUGUAUUUACAGUAAACACAAGAGAAUCUACAGGGUGUGUUUGUUUUUAAUCCAUUCAGAUUCUCAUUUCUUUACAUGUUCGCAAAUAGAACACCAUUCUUGAUCAGAAACUUCAGAAAAUUUCUUCCUGGCUAAUUUCUCUCAAUCAUUCAGUUUAAAUGUGGUAUUGUGCACUACCACCCAGUUUUUAACCAAUACCCAGAUUUUUUCUAUUGGGUUGAAUUCUGGAUGAUUAGGUUUUAACCCAUGUUCUUUCAGAAAACAGUCCAAUUUAUAGAAAAUAGGAAUACCUAACCAAUUUUUUUUUAUUAAUUCAUACAAAGCGGAUUUUGUCUUAUUGGCAACAUGGUCAACUUUGUGGGCCCUAAGCCAUUCUAACAUUUCUGCUUUCCUAGAUGCUGAAGUAAUACUUUUUUCAGUUUUCACAUUGUGGUAAGAUUAAUUAUCUACAACCAGAACUGAUUUCUCAGGCAUAUUGGGCAAUAGUUGUGAAAAUAAUCCUAGUCCCUAAACAAGUUAGUUGCUAACAGAGAUACAAUGUCCUGUUUGAAAUUAAAUUAUGGCUAAAAACAUAUCUAUGCUAAAAACAAAUAAGAUCACAUUUCAAUAAAAUGAUAUAUAGGUAGUAAUAAAUAUCUAUAUUUUAUCAAAAUUUAUUCUUAAGUUUUUUCUCAAGGUAAAUAGAAAUUGUGUAUAUUAAAAAGACUCAACUAGGAUAUAUAUUUUACGAAUUAAAGAAAUGUAACACUAUAGGCUUGUCUUGCAAAUAUACCAAGACACAUAGUUUUUCAUUGUAUAAAAUAACAAAUAUUUUCUUUACAGGCAAAAUCAUAUAAGUCGAAUACUUUUUAGUAGAAUUCAAUUAUUUUUAAAAUAGAAUACUACUUUCCUAAAGACCAAUCUUAAUGCUACAAACUACUGACAAAAUUUAGCAAUAUUUGUUUUACAGAUAAAAUUUUAUGUCCAAACUUUAUAUGUUUAUGACAAAAUAUGUAAUUAGAUGGUAUUUGCACUAAGGGCACGAUUUUUAAUCUACAAUAACAUAAUGAAACUACAGAUCUUUUUUGUCCAAAGACAUAAUAUGUAGUCUAUUACUAAGUAUAUAAAUUCUCCAAAGAAUACUUGUAAAUUCUGAUUGAUCUGGUUAGGAAUAAUAAAUUACAUUAUUAUACUUUUUUAUUCUACUGAUUUUGUAAAGGAAUUUGAAAUCCAUCUUCAACUUCUGUUUUCAUAAAAGAUGCGACAUUUUUUAUAAUCUACUGACCUUGACUAUGGAUAAUUUUUCCUUUUAAACCAACAAGUUUUUUAGGAGGCAUGCUUUUAGAUUAAAUAAAACACACAUCACUCACUUAAAAAAGUUGAAAAUAAAAAAUAUUUAACAAAUAAACGAUUCCAAAAACACAACCUUUUAAUGUCAAACGCUAAUGUAGCUAACAAAUAAAUAAAUGGCUAUUGGCAUAAAAAUGUUCGUUCUACGCCAGUGGCAUGAUCCUGUCGUUACUAAGCGACGUAGGUAAACAAGAUAAUUUGGUUUCUGCGACUGUCAUUGUAAUUUCAGCUGGGUUCUUCUCUCGUGAAACGGAGUUUAACUAUUAAUUGUAGAUAUUAUAUUUGUAGUUUUAUAAUUGGAAAUAAAAAUAUAUUACUGGAAUCAUUAAUUUUGUAGGUAUAAGAGAAUGACUUAAACUAUGGGACUCUCAAUUGAGUCAACUAAUUAAAAAGUUUUAAAUAAUCAUCAUAUUUGGGAUGUAGGUAGGGUAUAUUGAAAAAUAAACUUCUAUUUUUGUAAAUAAUCAUGCCAAAGAAGACAGUGGAGCAACUAGGGAAUUUUGAGUUGAAACCCAU